AUAAACGCAUAUUAUAAUUAUAAACGCAUUAAUGUUCAAAUAGAAGAAAAAAAAAAAAACAAAAAAAAAAAAAAAAAACAUAUAAAUUAUUAUAAUUAUAAUAAUAAAUAAUAAAAAUGUAUUUUAAAAAAAGGAAUAAAAUUAAUUUUAUUUUUUUUAUAUUAUUUUAUUUAUUAAUAUCAAGUGAUUUUAUAAAUGCUUAUUCUAAUAUCAUAAACGAAAACAAUAGUAAUAAUAAAAAGAAUAGAAAUAAUAAUUUAAACGAUAACGAUAAAAUAAGAAAUGAUAUUUUCAAAGAUUUGUCAUUAAUAAUUAGCACAGUAGAUGGUGGGUUGUAUUCAUUCGAUUAUGAAACAGGUUCAUUAAAUUGGAAUAUAAAUCCAAAUGAUGGGGAUUCUCUAUAUACAACCUCACAAUUUAGUAAUAAUAAUAAAAACAAUAACAAUAACGAGGAGGUUGAAAAGGCAACAUCUACAUCACUAUUAAUACCCACUAUCGAUGGUAGUGGCGCUUUAUUUCAGUAUUCAGAAGAAGGUUCAUUACAAAAAGUACCAUUUUCAUUACAUGAAUUGAUAUCAACAUCACCAUUGUUUUUAAAGGAUUUAAGUAGUGCUAAAGACGACACAAUGUUGAUUGGUAACAAACAAACAUCGAUUACUGUUGUAGACUCUACCACUGGUCAAGUCAUAAAGUCAAUGUCAAAAGAAGGUUUGUGGGAAGAGGAUUGCCCUGUAAAUAUUCCAGAUGAAGCUUUAAUGUUCACUAGAUCUGACUACAAGGUUAUUGCAUUGGAUCCUAAAAGCGGCUUGGAGAAAUGGAAUUUAUCAAUUGGUGAAUAUAUACCCUACUCGACUAAAGCAACUUUUAAUGCUGACUCGCUAAGUUUUGAGGGCUCUAUUGAAGUUUCACCAGCAUCACACCAUAGAUAUAAAAUUACUGUAAGACAACAAAGAACUGUUGUUGGCACAUCAAAUAUAUUUUGGGAAUUUGUAUUAUCAUCUUCACCAGUUUCAGUGUAUGCAUUCUCAAAUAGAGGUGGUAUUUUAAAGAAACUAGAGUUUUCAAGAAAAACCUCGCACCCAUCUUCCCUACAACCAAUCAAUACAAAUACAGAUUUAAUAAUACCCAGCUCAUUCGAAAGAACAUUUUUAUUUGAUGACUUUAAUGGUCAGUUCUUUAUUGAAAGAUUUUUAAUUUCAGAUGGUAACAAACCAAACAAUAAUAACAAUAAUAAUAAUCAUAAUAAUAAUAAUAAUAAUAGAAAUAAUCAAAUUAUCUCAAACAAUGAAAAUUAUAGAAAUAAGGAUGAUAAAAAUCAAAAUAAUAUCUUUUCAUAUGAUAUUUAUUUAUAUUCAUCAAUUAUAAUUUUAAUAACCAGCGUAAUAAUAUUUAUAAGAUCAAAACAUAACUUUAAUUUAAUAAAUUUAAAUAGUAAUAAUACAAAUAAUAAUAAGAGUAGUAAAAAGACACCAAAGAAAAAAAAGAAACAGCAACAACAACAGCAACAACAACAACAACAAAAAUUAUUAGAAGAAAUUGAAGAAGAAAACGAAGAGAAUAAUUUAAUUCAACAACUUCAACUUAAUAAUAGUAAUAGUAAUAAUUUUAAUUAUAAUAAAAGAGUGGUAUUGGAGAAUGGUAAUUUGAAAAUAGGUAAAUUGGAAAUUGCUACCAAUAAGGUAUUAGGUACUGGGAGUUGUGGUACAAUUGUAUAUCAAGGUUUUAUGGAGGGAAGAGUGGUAGCCGUUAAAAGAAUGUUAAGUCAAUUUAUAAAGUUUGCCGAUAGAGAAGUCUCAAUUUUAAUCCAAUCUGAUGAGCACACAAAUGUUGUUAGAUAUUAUGCUAAAGAAGAGGAUGAUGAAUUUAUUUAUUUAGCAAUUUCAUAUUGUCAAGGUUCAUUAGAUCAAUAUGUUCAGCAAAAAUUAUUCCCAGCCGAUAGUGUACCAGCAACAACAAAUAAUAACAAUGGUAUAAAUAACUCACCUAGUUUACAAUCAAUAUCACCAACAAUCAUAAUCCUUGACCAAAAAAUUAAGAAUAUGAUUUAUGAGUUAUUUAAAGGUUUAGAACACUUACACUCACUAAAUAUUGUACAUAGAGACAUUAAACCCCAAAAUAUAUUAAUUGACCCAAAUAAUCGUAUAAAAAUAUCAGAUAUGGGUUUAGGUAAAGCAUUGGAUAGAGACGAAGCAUCACUUACUUUUACAUCGGAUAGUCAUGGUUGGCAACCAGCCGAAUAUCUAAAUGGAACUAAUAGAAAUACUAAAAAGGUCGAUAUUUUCUCCAUUGGUUGCGUUGUAUAUUAUUUGUUAACUGGUACCCAUCCAUUUGGCCAAAGAUUCAAUAGAGAAAAGAACGUACUUAAGGGUAAAUUUGACAUCGAGCUCAUUGCGGACAAACCAGACUUGCAUCAAUUAAUCCAGUCAAUGAUACAAUUUAAUCCAGAUAAAAGACCAAGUAUUAUAGAGUGCCUAAAUCAUCCAUUCUUUUGGGAGUCUCACAAGAAGUUAUCAUUUUUAGUUGCUGCUUCGGAUUACCUAGAGUUUGAAAAACCAACUAGUCCUCUUAAUGUUGAAAUUGAUAGCCAUAUCGAUUUGGUAACAGAUGGGGAUGGAGACUGGUGGUUAAAAUUCGACCAGGUAUUAAUCGAUAACAUUGGUCGUUAUAGAAAGUAUAAUGGUAAAAGCAUUAGAGACCUCUUAAGGGUCAUUAGAAACAAAUUCAACCACUACAGAGAUCUUUCAUUGGACGAGCAAAAUUGUUUAGGUUCUUUACCUGAUGGUUUUUUAAAUUAUUUCGAAUCAAAGUAUCCAAAACUAUUCAUUACAACUUUUUUGUUUGUUUCUAAAAAUUUAAAAACUGAUCAAUAUUUUUUACAAUAUUUUUAA